GGUAAAUUCAUUAAAACUCUGAACAAAAAAUGAGAUCAGCUGAGUCUAAAUCAGUCUCGGACUAAUUCAGAACCUCUCAGCCUCUCAAGAUGUCUGGGAAUAUUUGUGAAAAUGAUGACGGUUUACACGAUUCUAUGGAGCAUCGUCCUCUCAUAAGAAGUACAGAUGGAUCAGAAGAAGUGAAAAAUAAAGAGGAGUUCCUGGUCGCUCCAAAAGUUCCCGGACUCAUAUCUGCUCGUCAUGCCCUUGCGUUCCUGGCGUUCUUGGGGUUUGUCAAUGUCUAUGCCAUGAGGGUGAACCUUAGCGUGGCCUUAGCUGACAUGGUGAACAGUACAACCACAGUCAACAGUACCCAGAUUAGCUGCCCAGUCAAUGUAUCACAGUCAAACACCACACAGAAGGAAGGGGAGUUUAAUUGGGAUUCAAACACCAAGGAGCAGAUCCUCGCUUCUUUCUUCUAUGGCUACAUCCUGACCCAGAUACCCGGGGGUUUCCUAGGGGACAUAAUGGGGGCUAAGUGGCUCUUUGGGUCGGGGGUGCUCUGUACGGCCAUCUUUACCCUCCUGACCCCCGUCGCUGCCAGGACAGGCCUUCCUUGGCUCAUUGUAGUCAGGGUCAUUGCAGGCAUAGGAGAGGGUGUUACUUUCCCUGCUAUGAAUGCUAUGUGGGCCAACUGGGCGCCACCCGUUGAAAGGAGCCGUCUACUUACAUUCACAUAUGCAGGUUCCCAUUUUGGUACAGUGUUGGCAUUGCCCAUCUCAGGUGUGCUCUGUAAUUCUGAUUUCCUUGGUGGCUGGCCGUCAGUCUUCUAUGUCUUUGGUGUUUGUGGAGUGGUAUGGUUUAUUUUAUGGAUUGCAUUGGUGCAUGAUAAACCAGAGAAACACCCAAGGAUUUCACCUGAAGAACUCCAGUUUCUUCAGAAAGCAAUCAAGCCCAGAGAUAAGAGUCUGAAAGUUCCAUGGUUCAAGAUGUUGACAUCAGUGAGACUAUUAGCUAUUAGCCUCUCUCAUUUUUCAAACAAUUUUGGUUUCUACACGUUGCUCACCAAUCUGCCUUCUUAUUUGAAAUUUGGACUGGGCUUCGAUAUAUCACAAAGUGGAUUUUUGUCAGCAGUGCCUUAUCUAGUAAUGUGGAUCACGAUCAAUGCCGGAGGUCAGGUAGCUGACUUCCUUAGAGGGCGCUAUAUACUUUCAACGACCAAUACAAGGAAAUUAUUCAAUACUUUAGGGCUUGUAUUACCAGCUGCAUUCCUAGUGAUAACCGGGUACAUCGGAUGCAACCAUGUUUUGGCCGUGGCAAUGCUAACUCUGGCCGUGGGUACAGGAGGGUUUGCCAUGUCUGGCUUCAACGUCAAUCAUCUGGACAUUGCACCGGCGUACGGAGGGCUUCUCAUGGGCAUCACCAAUACCAUCGGAACCAUCCCAGGAAUCCUGGGCCCCUCAAUGGUGGGGCUCUACGUCACAAACCAGUACGACAUCUCACAGUGGCAGAUUGCAUUCUGGGUAUGUUGUGGUGUUUACAUGUUCGGAGCCGUCACCUACCUGUUAAUGGGGACCGGGGAGCUUCAACCCUGGGCCGAUCCAGAGCUCCAGGCCAAGCCCUGUCAACGUCCCGGCGACAAGAAGGACACAGAGGGCCUCCCAUACUGCCAGUACGACACCAGUAAUAGUGUAAACGGCGGUUUAUCGAACACUGGGCAGAGUGGUGUUGUAAUGUCAUAAUCAUAUUAAAGUUAGUGCUUAGAAUACAUUAAUACUUUAAACACACACACACACACACUCAUGAAUUCACUCGAGUACACGUUGAUUGUGUAAAUUGAAGACUCAUAUUACACAUUAUAUUACACAUCAGUAUAUUGUUAUGUAAUCAAGGACUCACAUUGUUGUCGAAAUAUACAUACCAAGGACGAUCUGGAAAUUUAUUGCAUUACCAAGGACAUACCAUACUUUUUCCAUGCAAAUCAACAGUUUACUAUUUUGCUCAAAUUUGUUGAUGUGUCACCUCAUGUCUUUCUCAACUUGGAUUCCUCAAAUGUUUGUGAAAUUUCUCUUGAUCUCUUCAUCUAUGAUGCAUAUGCACUUUAGUGUUGGGCUAACUUGAUGCAAGGGCAAACUCGGUAUUGCAUGAUGCUUUGGUUUCAAGAGUUGAAGAACAAGUUACUAACAAGACCACUAAACAGCCACAAUUUCCAUUUUGUUUGAAUUUCAUCUCUUGAAAGUUUUCGCACUACCUCUUCAGUACGGUACACUAUUUUUUACACAUUUCUACCAAAAUUUUAAAAAAUGGAUGUUUCAGAGGACAUGAUGUAAUAUCAGAAAAUUUAGCAACUUUCAUGAUUCGGUCAGAUUUGCGAAAGUUUUGCGAGUCACAAUCAACAAACCACCAGGCUUUUUUGCAAUUCACAAAAGUUUCUUGCAGUGAGAAUUGAUGUCCUUAACAAUGAAAGUGUCAUGUCGUGAAUGUUUCUGGUUUUGCAGUACUCUAAUUUUCAAAUUCAGCCAAGUAUUAUAGAUUGUUUUAAAAUUCUUCUGGCUGGCUCUGAUUGUUUCUCAGCUGAGCCUAAAUUGAGACAUCAGCUCAGGUCCAUGCACUGCCAAAUUAUCACCCCAAAAAAGAAGCAAGAGACAGGUUGCCUCAAACAAUUUUCGAAAUAUUAGAAAAAAACUAUUUUGAAUGUCUCUCAACCUUCCUUAAAAAUGCCUAUCAAUGCACAUUACUCAUAUAGUCUGGAACUUCCUGUUUUAUGCAUUUAUCUUGUAGAUUUUAAAGUAUUCCAAGUAAUGCUGAAUUCUCUUUGACAAAGUGUAGUAAUAUAUUAUUUAAAUUAUAUUAUAUUUUUAUAUGACAAAUGAAAUCAAAUGAAAUGAAAUAUAGCCCAUUUACCACAUAAUUUUUAAUUGAGCUUGACAAUUAUGGUAACAGAAGAGGUGUUACUUGUUUUAUGCAUGAUCCUUGGUCAAACAAAAAAUUGAUUGGAUUGCUAUCCUCUUAUGAAAUUAGAGAUUAAGAUAUAUUUGCACUUUUAUCAAAGGAAAAACAAUUUUACCCUUACUCUUAAAAUAUCAGUGUAAUGUUUUUAGGAUGUACUUAGGAUAUUAUGUUUGUUCUUGCGGGUCCAAACUGCAUGUACUUAUGCCAAAAUGUAUUUUGCGAUCUACUGCCAAUAUAUAUAUGCAUACUGAUGUGUGGAUAUUCAAAAUCAAAUUUAUGUUAUUAAAGAUUAUUCAGUUAUUCAUUAUAACUUGAACUGUAUAUCCUAAGCAUCCAUCAUUUUCUUUGAAAAUUAAUCAUAGUGGGUCCUUGUACGGCAUUAAUGCCUGUCAGACUCAACAUUCCUAAUGUUCCAGUUUCAUUACCCUGCUUCAACAUGGCUGCUAUUAAUGCGCUCAAGGAUUUGAAAUUUUGUACCAUUCUCUACUGCAUGACAUCAUUUCCAGAACCUGAAGUUUACCCAGGGAAAUUUAUAUUAUCAACUGUCACAAUAUUCAGAUAAAUAUGCAAUUUCAAUGAGCUUUCAUGCUCUUUUGGUCUUUCUCGUUUAGACAUUUUAAACUUUGUGUUGUUUUGAUCAUGAAAAAUUGUCACAUGUCAAUUUAUACAAAAAAUUACUGGUACUAAUUAUUCAUUUAUUUUAUUUUACAAAAUGCAAUGAAUUCACAGGUACAUACUGUAUUUGCACUAUAUGAAGGCAGGCAUAAUCUUUGAUGUAUGAUAUACAAAUUUAAAAGUUGCAAUUUGGGAUUUGGUCGUGCCUUGUGGUUAACAGUUUCGGAAUAAUCAGCUGCUCGAUACACAAGCCAGAGGGGCGUUAGUUUAUGUACAUUAGCACAGACUGAACACACUUAUAGCUCUGCACAAAUGAGAUAUGCUCUCUUAAUAAAUCUUUUUUAUGCUCAUCAUGUCAACAUAGACAUAAAAUUGAACGACUGUGACAGUCAAGAGACAAAUUAUGUAUCAAGCUGAUUUUCCAAGUACCACAUUUCUGUAGGAAUUUGAAAGAUUGGGAUAGUUGUCUCAUUCAGAUCAUGUUUUUUAUGACUAUUAGGUACUCUGGUCGAUUGUGGUAAUAGAGGGCCUAUUUUUAUGUGCAAGUUCUUGAUAUUUUGAUGAAAUUGUAGGAUCAUUGAAAAAAAUCUGUGUGAUGAUAAUAUGAGCAUUUGCAAUAUACACGUUUUAUAAGACUUGAUUCAAAGAUCUCUAUUAAAUUAUAUUCAUAGAAA